GAGCCAAAGCAACAGGAGGAGGAAGUCACCUUCCUAAGUUGAGUAAAGCUCGUCGGUUUAUUACCUGUGACAGUCAAACAGAGGAGAGGCAGUCGCCGCUGCGCUCACAGCAACAUGGCAAAAACUGCAGCGAUCGGCAGCUUGAAGUCACAUUUGAGCGAGAAUGGACCGAAAUGCGAAUAUAUCAAGAAAAAUGGGUUUCACAACAAGAGAGAGCAAAAUGGCCCAGGGACUGGGGCUGCCUCCAGGCAGCACAGACAUGAGUCCUUUGAACAGGCACCCAUGUACGUGGCUGUCUUGACAUACCUGGGCUUUGGGAUUGUCACCCUCUUUGGCUACUUCAGAGAUUUUCUCAGAGCCGUGGGCUUAGAGAAGUGCCACCUCGCCCAGGAAAGAGAGGAACAGAAGGAUUUUGUACCGCUUUAUCAAGACUUUGAGAACUUUUACACUCGAAACCUGUACAUGAGGGUACGAGAUAACUGGAACCGUCCCAUAUGCAGCCUGCCUGGGCCUGUCUUUGAUCUGAUGGAGAGGGUAUCUGACGACUACAACUGGACAUUCAGGUUAACUGGGAGGACAUUACACAAUGUCAUUAACGUGGGCUCUUACAACUACCUCGGCUUCGCUGAGAACGAUGCUGAUUUCCUGAAAACUGUGGCAGACAGAACACGCCAGUAUGGUGUUGGGGUUUGCAGCACAAGGCAGGAAGUAGGUAACCUAGGCAUCCAUGAAGAACUGGAGCAACUUGUGGCCAAUUUCGUUGGCACAGAGUCCUCCAUGACUUAUGGAAUGGGUUUCGCCACCAACUCAAUGAACAUUCCAGCGCUUGUUGGCAAGGGUUGCUUGAUACUCAGCGAUGAGCUCAAUCAUACAUCCCUCAUCUUAGGGGCCAGAUUGUCAGGUGCAACUAUCCGGGUGUUCAAACACAACAACAUGCACAGCUUGGAGAAGAUGCUAAGAGAUGCAGUUUGCUCGGGACAGCCACGGACCCACAGGCCCUGGAAGAAGAUCCUCAUCAUGGUAGAAGGCAUCUAUAGCAUGGAGGGAUCUGUGGUGCGACUUCCCGAGAUCAUUGCACUCAAGAAGAGGUAUAAAGCGUAUCUGUACCUGGAUGAGGCCCACAGCAUCGGAGCAGUGGGACCAUCAGGGAGGGGCGUGACCGAGCUGUUUGGUGUGGACCCAGCUGAUGUGGAUGUGAUGAUGGGUACCUUCACCAAGAGCUUUGGGGCUGCUGGAGGCUAUAUCGCUGGAAAAAAGGAGUUGGUGGACUACCUACGUAGUCACUCACACAGUGCAGUUUACGCCACAGCCAUGUCACCCCCUGUUACUGAGCAGAUCAUACGCGCAAUGAAGUGCAUCAUGGGAAAAGACGGGAGCACGGAAGGCAUCAGACGGAUACGGCAGCUGGCAGAGAACACCAGGUACUUCAGGGCCAGGCUGAAGGAGAUGGGUUUCAUCAUCUAUGGCAAUGAUGACUCACCUGUGGUUCCGAUCUUGCUCUACAUGCCAGGCAAAGUGGUGGCUUUUGCUCGAGAAAUGCUAGAGAGGAAAAUUGGGGUCGUGGUAGUCGGCUUUCCAGCCACACCGAUUACAGAGGCCCGAGCUCGCUUCUGUCUGUCUGCAGCACACACCAGAGACAUUCUGAACCAGGUGCUACACCAUCUGAACGAGGUGGGAGACACUCUCUGUCUCAAGUUCUCACGGCAGAAAUAUUCCCCUCGGCCUGACCUCUCUGAUGAGACAGACUUUGAGCUGGACAGCUGAUAUGACCCCUGACACCUUCAAUUCACAGUGUCAAAACUAAGUCUGAAGUGUCCACGGCGCAGCAGACCCAUAAAGGCAGGACGGAGAGUAAACACCCGCGCCUCACAGCAGAAGAUGGGCCAAAUGUUUGACAGCUGCCACUUUGUAUAUGUUUGGGUUGAUGUUGAGUUUACAGCGCGCUUAUUUUUGCUUCUUCAUAAGGGUAAUGAUAUGAAGCAUUUCUAAAUAAAUGUAUUUGUGAAUACAUAAAAUGAAAUUAUUGUACUGUACUGUGUAACAUGACUUUUUAUAUAAUGAAGUUAAGUUUCACUGCUUUCACAUUUAAAUUUUUUAGACCAACACUGCUUUUUUACACAAUCAUUCUAAUUACUCAUGUCUAUAUUUAGACGGUGAAAACCUUUUACGGAGGCAUUUUUGCUUCUCAUAAAUGAAUAUCAGCAACUAUCUAUUAAAAAUGCUGCUGGAGUAA